ACGAAAAUUCUAAAAAUUUUCUGGCCUGAAAAGUUCCACCAAUUCUUUACUUGCAGUGAGCCAUUUGACUGUUCCAAGAAAAAGGAUGGCGUUUACGGGAGUGGAAAAUGCUCCACCACCUAUUAUCACUGCUCGCGCGGUCAUUCAUCCGAGAUGCUCUGUCCAGCUGGCUUGUACUACAAUGACAAACUGAAGGGCUGUGAUGAUGUGGACAGUGUGGAUGAGUGUGACGUUCUCACCGCAUUACGGGGUUUCGACGAACGCCGUGAAAGCCAUCUGGGUGAAGAAGGAAAAUACAUCGAACGAAAUCUGAGAUAUGGUGGUGGUGGCGGUGGAAUGCUUGGUGGAAGUGGUGUCUUUGGUGGUGGUACACGUAUUAUGUCACUCAACAGAGCAAAAGGCAAGGGUCACCGUGGUGGCAAAAAUCGACGCACACGACAUGCCUUGUAA